AUGAUCGUCACAAUUACCGAAGCGGAAUAUUUUGAGAUCCUGGAUCGGAAUGGAGUCGUAGAGUGGGACUCAGCUUCUCUUUCGACGACGAUCUUCGUGCCAGAGGAUGACCUCGGGCUGGGCGAAUCUUGCGAUCCGAUACUACAGAAUUGCGUGACGGAGAAUGCAGAGUGCGUCGGGGAUCCAGGUUCUGCGACGUGCCAAUGCAUGGAAGGAUUCUUGCAGGAAGGAGAAAACUGUGAGGCGUGGAACCCGGGGCUGGGCGAGCCGUGCCACCCCGAACUCGCGCCGUGCACUGCCGAAAAUGCCGAAUGCGUCGGGGAACCCGGUUCGCAGACGUGCCAAUGCGAGGAGGGGCUCGUCCAAGACGGGGAAAUCUGCAGGAUGCCGUUCCUGGGGGAAGAAUGCGACCCGGGCCUGGAGUGUGCGGCCGAGAACUCCGACUGCUUGGAACACGCCGGGGUCUGGACCUGCCAGUGCUCGAUGGGCUUCGUGCAGGAGCAGGCCGAUUGCAAAAUACCAGCCGGAGGGGAUUGUGCAGACUCGACCGAGUGCGUGAGUAACGCCGAAUGCACGUCGGACGGGAACGGUGAAACGUGCAUGUGCCAGCCGGGAUUCCAGGAAUUAUUCGGAUUUUGCACCGAGGCAAAAUCGCGCCGUUCCACUGCUUCAAAUUGCCCCGAAUUCAAGGAAUAAAUCAUUCCUUGUUCGUUCGAAACUCGGGC